AUGGCCAGUCGGUCCCCGCUUCUGCAGCCCGGGACUGGAGACUCCGACGUGUACGAUGAGCAUACCGUACAAUACCGUGGGUUGCGCAAGAGGACUGACGGCGAAAUCACCUGCUUCAUCAUAGUCCUGACAGGGUUCUCGGCCGUCGGGAUGUUCCUCUUCGGCUACGACACCGGCGUUGUCUCGGGAUCCAUGCUGUUAAUUAAGAAACAGUUUAACCUGUCAGUGGUGUGGGAGUCGGCCAUAGUCAGUGUGACGAUAGGGGUGGCAGCAGUGUUUGCCUUCAUUGGCGGCCCUUUAAACGAACUGAUUGGGCGAAAAUACUCCGGUGUAAUCUCUGGUAUACUAUUUGCCGUUGGUGCAGUUGUUCUCGGGGUUGCCAGGGAUAAGGUUGACUUGCUUUUGGGACGUAUUGUCGUUGGAAUUGGGCUAGGUAUAUCAUCUAUGACCCUACCUAUGUAUGUGUCAGAGUGUGCCCCAUCGCACGUACGUGGCAGGCUAGUACAGAUCAGCGGUACCUUUGGAACCAUUGGCUUUUUCAUCUCCAGUGUUGAUGGUUUAUUCAGCUACGACGACGUGAAUGGUUGGAGGUACAUGCUGGGUUUAGCCGCCUUACCGUCCCUUAUUAUGACCGCCGGGUUCAUAUUUCUACCGGAAAGCCCUCGGUGGCUUGUAGGCAAAAGAAAAAUGGACAGGGCAAAACAAGUCCUGGAGAGGAUGAGGAAAUCUGAUGAUGUCACUGAUGAAUUAAGACUGAUAAAGAGGUCAUGUGAAGACACCAACCAGAAUAAAGGUUUUUUCACACUGAUCAGAAUUCUGCGUCACCCGCCUACGGCAAGGGCGUUGGUGGUGGGAUGUUCUUUGCAGAUGUUUCAGCAAGUCGCCGGAAUAAAUACCAUUAUGUACUACACGGCGACUGUGAUCAAGUCGGCAGGUAUCACGGAUGACCACUAUGCAAUUUGGCUCUCUGCAGGGGUCGCCGCUAUAAAUGUACUGUUCAGCAUCGUCGGACUGUCGCUAGUGGACAAGAUCGGCAGACGAAAGUUACUCUUCAGCAGCUAUCUGGGUAAGGAUUGA